GAGCUGUAGGGUGUCUGCUCUCAUCAUCCUCCACGUCGAGACCUCCACCUGAUCGCCACGGCUCUCUCAUGGGGCUCCACCUUCGACUUCAAGGAGCUUCCUUCCCCUUCUCGAACGCUCUCUCUCUUCUUCGUCUUGUCAGCUUCGUCUCUCCGAAGAAACCCGAGCUGAAACAGCUGGUCUUCUCUCUGUUUCUUUCCCCUGCAGUUUGCGGUCUCCAGCCUCCACGAAGACGCCAUUCGCAAAGAGCUCGGUUUCUACUCAAACGGGUCGGCUGUGACGACGGCUUUCGACGUCCCCGAGUUUUUUCUAGCCGCGCGGUAGAGUCUUCCCUUCUCUGAUCGGCGCGUGGCGGCGUUGUUGAUGCCUCGUUUCCAUUGAUCAUCGUAGUCAUCUGGCGGCUGAGAGCGAGUUCGUGUUCGACGCGAGAUGUUGUCGAUUCUGAGACGAGAAGCCGCUGCCGGAUGCUCGGAUGCCGUGUUGUUAAGAGAGAGGCUGCGGAGGAGUUGCGCCGCAGCGACAGCGCGGUUACGGGGUUACGCUACCGCGGCGAAAGAGAUGACUGUGAGAGAGGCUCUGAAUACGGCGCUUGAUGAGGAAAUGUCUGCAGAUCCUAGAGUCUUUUUAAUGGGUGAGGAGGUCGGAGAAUACCAGGGAGCCUACAAGAUAUCCAAAGGUUUAUUGCAGAAGUUUGGACCUGAGAGGGUGGUUGAUACUCCAAUCACAGAGGCUGGUUUCACUGGAAUUGGAGUCGGCGCUGCUUACUAUGGUCUCAGGCCUGUCGUGGAGUUUAUGACAUUCAAUUUCGCUAUGCAGGCAAUUGACCACAUUAUAAAUUCUGCUGCAAAGAUGAACUACAUGUCGGCGGGCAACAUAUCGGUCCCUAUAGUUUUCAGAGGACCUAAUGGAGCUGCAGCAGGAGUUGGUGCCCAACACUCUCAAUGUUAUGCAGCAUGGUAUGGCUCGUGCCCGGGUUUAAAAGUGUUGGCACCCUACUCAUCGGAAGAUGCUCGAGGACUGCUAAAAGCAGCAAUAAGGGAUCCUGAUCCUGUUGUCUUCCUUGAAAAUGAGCUGAUCUAUGGGGAGCGUUUUCCUGUUUCAGCAGAAGCUCUUGAUUCCAGUUUUUGUCUUCCAAUAGGGAAGGCCAAGAUUGAGAGAGAAGGAAAGGAUGUCACAAUUACCGCUUUUUCGAAAAUGGUUGGCCUUUCUCUCGAGGCAGCUGAAAUCCUUGCAAAGGAAGGAAUCAGUGCGGAGGUCAUAAAUCUGCUCUCAAUUCGACCACUGGAUAGACCUACGAUUAAUGCUUCAGUCAGGAAAACCAGCAGACUGGUGACGGUUGAGGAAGGGUUCCCCCAGCAUGGUGUUGGCGCUGAGAUCGGCAUGUCGAUUAUUGAGGACAGCUUUGGUUAUCUUGAUGCUCCGAUCGAGAGGAUUACUGGGGCCGAUGUUCCCAUGCCUUACGCAGCAAACCUGGAAAGAAUGGCUCUUCCUCAGAUUGAGGACAUUGUGCGGGCUGCAAAGAGAGUGUGCCACAGAUCUGUACCGAUGGCCGCAACUGCUUAGGCUAGGAAACUCUGCAUACAGAGUUUUCGAUCAAACUUUGGUUUGCCCCUGUAAUUGGACUUCUUCAAGAGUCGGGAGUUCUUUGUU